CCCUCCCAUUCUGCUUCACAACACGAGGACAGCACAGAAGAAGCUAUUGGGUUAACUAGAACAGAGAGUUGUACCAACACCAACAUGACAAUUCAAUGGUGGGGCCUCCUACUGGACCUGUGGUUUCUUUUGUCCUGCCUACCAUUUCACAUCUCAACUUUCAAUCUGGACACGGACACAAAGCAUGUUCUGAGGAAAAAUGGUGAUCCGGGAAGCCUGUUUGGAUUCUCCCUGGCACUGCACCAACAACUGAAUCCUGUCAAUAAGAAACUAUUGCUGGUUGGAGCACCACGCGCCAAGUCAUUUACCAAAGCUGAAGUUACGGGAGGAAUCUACCAGUGUGAGCUCACCACUGAUUCUAAGAGCUGUGAGCGUGUCAAGCUCGACAACAAUGAGUUUGUUUAAAGCAGUGAUGUCAAAGACCAAUGGAUGGGUGUACGAGUGACAAGCCAAGGCCCUGGUCAAAGCGUGAUGACCUGCGCACAUCGAUACCAGGAGUGGAGCACCAAUCCUGACACCCCUAACCUCGUAUUCGGUCAGUGCUAUAUCCUGGGGGAGGAUCUCCACAAGAGUGAUGCCCAUAGAAUCUGGAGGAGGGUGAUCUGUGAUGACAGAAAACACAUCAAGGAUAAGCCUAAGAAUCCUGAUUGGUUCGGAUACUGUCAACAAGGUCAUUCUGCCGCCUUCGCCAUGGACAAAACAUCUCUGCUGUUUGGCCCCGGAGCUUACCAGUGGAAAGGAAUUGUGAGAAUGGAGUCCCGAGACAACCUUGAAGUGUCAAAUGAAGAGCCCCGUGAAACUGGGGAUGUGGACAGACUUGACCGUGACCUCAUCCCUCUCCUUAACAACAGUUAUCUAGGGUUCUCAAUCGACUCUGGAAUGGCCCUCAACAAGAAGGGCCAGCUGACUAUAGUGUCUGGGGCACCACGAGGCGGUUUCAGUGGGGAGGUGGCAUUUCUGAAGAGAGACCCAUUGGCUGAAAGAAGUCUAUCUGUGGAAAACAUUCUUAACUUCUCUGCGCUACGGAUCCCUUUAGCGGGAUCAUUUUCCUAAACAACCGCUGAAUUGCAGGGCGCAAAAUAUUACUAACAAUAUUUAUAAUCAUGCAAUCACAAGUGAAAUAUACCAAAACACAGCUUAGCUUGUUGUUAAUCUACCUAUCGUGUCAGAUUUUGAAAAUAUGCUUUGCAGCGAAAGCAAUCCAAGCUUUUGUGAGUGUAUCAAUCAAUGCUACAACAGCUAGCCCGAAAUUAGCAUGGUCACGAAAGUCAGAAAAGCAAUAAAAUGAAUCGCUUACCUUUGAUAAUCUUCGGAUGUUUGCACUCACGAGACUCCCAGUUACACAACAAAUGUUAUUUUUGUUUUGAUAAAUAUUACUUUUAUAACAAAAAAAUGCCAGUUGGGUUGCGCGUUAUGUUUAGAAAACUACAGCCUCGUUCCGUUCCUGAAAGGCAGACGAAAAUUCCCAAAAGUAUCCGUAAUGUUCAUAGAAACAUGUCAAAUGUUUUUUAUAAUCAAUCUUCAGGUUGUUUUUAACAAACGUAAUCGAUAAUAUAUUCAACCGGACCGUAACCUAUUCAAUAAAAGAGAGAAAGAAAAUGGAGAGCUACCCCUCUCGCGUGCAGGAACUGAUCAGAGUACACCUGACUAGUUUUGAAAAAUCUCGCUCAUUUUUCAAAAUAAAAGCCUGAAACUAUGUCUAAAGCCUGGUCACAGUCUGAGGAAGCCAUUGGAAAAGGAAUCUGGUUGAUACCCCUUUAAAUGGAAGAAAGACGGGCCAGGAAACACAGAUUUAAAAAAAAUAAUAAUAAUAAUCACUUCCGGGUUAGAUUUUCUCAGGUUUUCGCCUGCAGAAUCAGUUUUGUUAUACUCACAGACAAUAUUUUGACAGUUUUGGAAUUUUUGGAGUGUUUUCUAUCCUAAUCUGUAAAUGAUAUGCAUAUUCUACGAUCUGGACCUGAGAAAUAGUCAGUUUACCUUGGGAACGUUAUUAAAAAAUUAUAAAAAAUCUGACCCCUAGCGUAAAGAGGUUAUUAAAGGCCCAGGCCUGGCCUCAUCCUUUGGCUACGACAUAGCCGUGGUGGACCUCGAUGCUGAUUGGUACAGAUUUCAGCCAGUAGCUUUGUCACAAUUAUCUCCCCUUCCUCCCAAAGUGUCCAUUGUUCACUUCCUUUCAAUGAUUUGAAAGGAAGUUACUGGUAUACGAAAUAUGGUGGAAACUCUCACUAUCCCAUGCCUCCACCAAUUCAAUGCUUUAAAGAGAUUCUCCGGUACAUAGUUCUGAAAGUAGUGCUCAAGAGCCAAAAGUGGUCCCUGUAAAUUGCCUACUAAGUCACAUAUCUGCAAUGAUGUGCACCACAUCAUUGCGCUCUCUCUAGCUCUGCUGUUUGUGCAUCUUGCUAGCUGUCACUCAAAUGAUGAGGGGCUGAAGCUCAAUGGCUAGAAUUGCUAGAGGGCUGGGCCAUGUGGGGGACAAUGUUGGGGAAAUGGCGCCGCACAGCUUCCAAAAAAACAGUUGUUUUCAAACUAGGGAGUUUGUGCACAUUUCAGUGCACAUUUCAGAAGAGAGGAGAUAUUAUUGUGAUGUACGCUUUGUAUAGGUCUUUGUAUAGGCCCAGUUCAGUCAAAAAUUUGAUUUUUCUGUGUUUAAUAUACAAUAUUUUUCCACACUACGAGGUUGGAAUAAUAUUGUGAAAAUUAUGAUAAUGCCCUUUUAGUAUAAGAGCUGUUUGAAAAGACAACCUGAAAUUUCAGGCUGUUUUCCUGGGAUGGAGUUUUGGCCUGCUUAGUGACGUCACCUGACAUCACCAGGGGGUAAAUUGGUUGAUAGACCAUUAAGAAAGACCUCUCUGCCAAUAACAGCUAGUUUUCAGAUUUACCUUCCCACUCAGACCACUCAGUCUUAGCAAAUUCUUGAUUGAGAAAUUGCUCUUUGCUAAGAAGCUAUUUUUGUUUCUUUUAACCCAUUUUAAUAGAAAACAAUCACAGUAAGAUACUUAUAGUUCCUUCAGAAAGUGUAUUCACAGCCAUUCACUUUUUCCACAUUGUGUUGUGUACAAGGGGCUGAAUUUAAAAUGCUUCCAGACCAAACACCUUCUUUGCCCGCUCUGAGGAUAAUAAAGUGCCACCGACACGACCCGCUACCAAGGACUGUGGGCUCUCCUUCUCCGUGGCCGACGUGAGUAAGACAUUUAAACGUGUUAACCCUCGCAGGGCUGCCAGCCCAGACGGCAUCCCUAGCCGCGUCCUCAGAGCAUGCGCAGACCAGCUGGCUGGUGUGUCUACGGAGAUAUUCAAUAUCUCCCUAUCCUGUUAAAGAGACUGAAAAAUAGCUUCUAUCUCAAGGCCAACAGACUGUUAAACAGCUAUCACUAACACAGUGAGGCUGCUGCCUACAUACAGACUUAAAAUCAUUGGCCACUUUAAUAAAUGGAUCACUAGUCACUUUAAUAAUGCUACUUUAAUAAUGUUUACAUAUCUUGCAUUACUCAUCUCAUAUGUAUAUACUGUAUUUUAUACCAUCUAUUGCAUCUUGCCAAUGCCGCUCGGUCAUUGCUCAUCCAUAUAUUUAUAUGUAUAUAGUCUUAUUCCAUUCCUUUACUUGGAUCGUGUGUAUUAGGUAGUUGUUGUGGAAUUGUUAGAUUACUUGUUAGAUAUUGCUGCACUGUCAGAACUAGAAGCACAAGCAUUUCGCUACACUCGCAAUAACAUCUGCUAACAAUGUGUAUGUGACCAAUACAAUUUGAUUUGAUUCAUUUUAGAUUUUUUUUUAAAUUGUCACUGGCCUACACACAAUAACCCACAACGUCAAAGUGGAAUUAUAUUGUUUUUUAAUGAAAAGUUGAAAUGUCCUGAGUCAAUAAGUAUUCAACCACUUUGUUACACAUUUGCUUAACAAGUCAUAUAAUAGGGUUUAACAGAAUUCUUGAAUGACAACUAGAUAACCCCACACAUACAAUUAUCUCUAAGUCGAGCAGUGAAUUUCAAACAAAGAUUCAACCACAAAGACAGGGAGCUUUUCCAAUGGCUCACAAAGGGCACCUAUUGGUAAAAAAAACAGAUACUGAAUAGCCCUUUGAGCAUGGUGAAGUUAUUUAUUACACUUUGGAUGGUGUAUCAAUACAACCAGUCACUACAAAGACACAGGCGUCCCUCCUAACUCAGUUGCCGGAGAAGAAUGAAACCGCUCAGGGACUUCACCAUAAGGCCAAUGGUGACUUUAAAACAGUUACAGAGUUUAAUGGCAGUGAUAGGACACAACUGAGGAUGAAUCAACAACAUUGUAGUUACUCCACAAUACUAACCUAAAUGACAGAGUGAAAAGAACGUAGCCUGUACAGCAGGGUACCCCAACUGGAGGCCCGCAGCCCCCCAAGUUCUCCGUUUUUUUUGUUUAUAUUUAUAUAUUUAUAGAUAUGCUUGAUUUGCUUGAUUUGUUCGUUAAUGUCCAUUAUUUAUGUCAAAUUAGCUACUUUCGAAUUGUUUACCAAACACCCUAACCAAAGUCUCAAAGCGCGACCACUAUAACGUGACGAAAUGUCCAAACGUUCCGUUACAGUCAGUAGAAACAUGUCAAACGAUGUACUGAAUCAAUCUUUAGAAUGUUGUUAACAAACAUCUUGAAUAACGUUCCAACCGGAGUAUUACAUCGACUUCAAUUGAGAGAUGGAACGGAGCUGCCUCUCACGUGAACGCGCGUGUUGAAUGCAUGGUCACCUCAUGGCAGUGAUUACUAAUUUCUGUCUCCUUCGACCCCCCUUCACAUUAGAGUCAUCAGACUUAGUCCUAUUGACUUUUGACAUCUAGUGGAAGCCGUAGGAAGUGAAAACCCAUCCAUAUCUCUCUGUAUUUUCAAUGAGAGCUUGGUUGAAAAUAUGGCACCCCCAGAAAAAAUCCAAACAGGAAGUGGAACUUCUCAGGUUUUUGCCUGCCAUAUGAGUUCUGUUAAUCUCACAGACAUAAUUCAAACAGUUUUAGAAACUUUAGAGUGUUUUCUAUCCAAUACCAAUAAUAAUAUGCAUAUAUUAGUAACUGGGACUGAGGAGGAGGCCGUUUACUCUGGGCACCUUUCAUCCAUGCUACUCAAUACUGCCCCUGCAGCCAUAAGAAGUUAAAUGUUUUA